GCAAAGGCUAAUGCCAACCACAUCUUCAAUGCGAUUCACUCUGCCGGUCGUCAGUGGGGAUCUUCCUUGAACCACAACGGCUUCGGCUUCAUUCCUGUUGUCAUUCCAGCUGGGACCUUGCUGUAUCAUGGAGGCUACUUCGAGGACCCUCCCGAUCGCUUCGAGUGGCUGGCUUUCGAAGUUGAACAUGCGGAAAACUUCGUCAGUGUACCAAACAGGGGCCGUGUAGGUUGUGGGGAUGAGCAGCCUCAUCCUCCGUCUUCUGACCAGAAGCUUCUCGACCAGCCGGAAACAGGUCCCGGUGACUGUGAGGGGAGAGUGAGAGGAUAUCUACAGACUUACCAGACAACCCGCGACGUGCGGCUGCUCUAUCUCGAUGGCACAUCGGCAGGGAAGAGCCCUAUGGGAACUCUGGACUCACAAGACGAAGUGCUUUGUCCUAACAACGAACACGGAGAGUUUGGAGGCGAAAUGUAUCGCGCAAAAUGCCUUUGUGAUCUAGUGACCGAAUGGGGAUGGGAUGGUAUUAUGCGAAUGGAGAUUGGCUUCGAAGCUAUAUACUGCAACUUCAGCGCCGGCUUACAUCUUGAUUCCUCAGUGCGGACAAUUAUCCCAGAAGAAAGACUGAAGCCUGACGGCUACCUGAUACCUUACCUAUGGUCAAGAGCAGCCGCCGAACGAUAUGAUGGCAUUGGAGGCGACCGAGUUCGGAUGGACUUUUCGUCCAUGAUAUCUGGGUUUUUCUUCCCCAUCAACGUCUCUAAUACAGACCCAGACCGACCCGACCUUAUUAGACUGGGAGCUGCAAAGCGAGAGCAUUUGCAAGAUAUCAAGACUUACAUUCAGAGCGUCGUUGUGGAACCCAAAAAGUUUAAUGUCAACUGGCAAGCAGUUGUAGACAUGAUCAUCACUCGUUUCAGCAAGAGAUUGGCGGCAAUGGCUUCGACAAGCGUAUCGACGGAUUUAUUCAUCGGCGAGUUGGAGGGUGCAAUAAUGACGUACCUCGAGGCCCCAAGACUCCCAGGCGAUAUCACAUUGGCAGAGGAUGAUGAUGGCAAGAAUCGAACCGCCGAGGCUGUUGAACGCUGUGCUUCACACUACCUGAAACCAGCGCUGUUAUCGCAAAAGAACUGGACGCUAUCAGACUCAUUGAUUCACACGGCCCUCGGAGUCGUAACACAGCGUAUCUGCAGUGACCUCUAUCUCAUCCGAUCAAUCCUCCUCCAGGCGUCACCAGAUGCGGAACCCGAUGCAUACUUUAUCAAGAGAGACGUAAAAAGCGACGAUAUGGAGAUCUCAGCGAAUCAAUCCCGCGCCAUUGUACGUGAUCUCCUAGAAGAUCUUGCCUGGACCACAUGGAAGAAACCGCAGUUGUGCGAUGUAGACCAGAUCCUACUAACCGCAAUGUGGCCGUUUGGAGACAGCGUCGACCAUUUCAACCCCGGCUGUGUCUCCGUCCAAAAUGUUACAGCGCGCCGAAGAAACUAUUGG